CUGCACGCAGACUAGCACCCAUUGUUGCAAUCCCCAUCAUGUAUUAUCACAUCCUUUACCUUUGCAAGCAGUUACGUUGGGAGUGAGACCGUGGCGCUGGUCAUCUACUGUGUCCCACUGAUAGGACGACCCCUAAACCUUGGUCGUGAUGGGCCAAGGCGGGUCGUGCUUUCGCCCGCUGGAAGGGACGCGCGGGAGGCGACGGACGAUACAUCCUGAACGCCCUCCCGCACCCUCAGCUCUGCAUGCGGCACUCUUCAACGAUUUUGCAAACGCCGUUGCGCUCUACAGAGCGAAUGAUGGUAUGCUUCUUGAGCAAAAUGAGGCCAAUAAGGCACUACUCAGUGAUGGCGUCCAAGAACUGGCAACGCUUUUUAGUCGCGACCCAGCCGCGCUUGCUGAGGCAUACCGAGCUGCCGCCGAGGGCACCGUGUGGAGGGGCCUUCUUCUCAUUCCACCUGAGCUCAUCCGGGAACCGCAAGCAGCGCCCGCGCACAGCGGAACGGAUGCACCUCAGGCCCACGCAGCCUCAGCAGCCUGCGGCUCGUCCCAGAUCUCCUCCACCUCCAUUCCCUCUCUGGUUGCCGUUGCUGGAGCCCGCAGCGUCGCCGGGUGCAGAGCCGCACAUGCAGCUGCAGCCCGUGCCUCCACCAGCCCCAACAAUGCAGCAGCAGCAACAACAACAACAGCAGCCGGAAGAGAGGCUGCUGAUCAUAUCGGUAGCGCCCUCGCUAAGCUCUUCCCAAUUGAAACACCCAGCCAGCGCGCGCUGCGGCUUGCAAAGCUAGCGCAGCAGCAACAGCAAGCGCACGCCUCCCCGGAUAGCGUCCCUGCAUCCGGCGCUGCUGCUGCUGCUGCUGCUGCUGCUGGUGGUGGUGGUGUUCCUGUUACUGGCGUCCCUCUUCCGGACCCCGCCGAUGCAGCUACUGCCGCUACUGCUGCUGCUGCUGCUGCUGGUACUUCCACUUCCACACCAAUGCCGCUGCCGCCGCCGCCGCCGCCGCCGCAGCAGCAGCCAGGUUGCCGGACGGCAGCAGCCGCACCACCUGCUCCGCUGCGACGCACCACCACCUCCUACCGGAAUCGCAUUUCCCAGGAUGUUGCGACGUUUCUUCGUACGGCAGAGCAUCAGGCCCUCUGGGGGGGCUCAGGGGCGACUGUGGCGGCGGCUGCAGCAGCCUCAGCAGCAGCUGCUUCGGAGGCGGUGGCAAAGGCGGCUCAAGCGGCUGCAGCCGCCAAAGCUGCAGUGCUAGCUGCGGCUGAGGAGGCGGCGGCCAGCGCUGGGCUGCCGCGCAUGCGAGAGGAUGCGGGCGCUUCCGCCGGAGGGCAUGCUACCGGCGCUGCUGCUGCUGCUGCUGCUGGCGGCGGUGGUGGUGGUGACGGUGGUUGUUCGGGUGGCGCACCCGGGGACGUCCAUGCUUCUGCUGGCGUUGUGGGGAGGGAGGAGUUGUGCGGGCAGGGUGUCGCGGGCGUGGUGACAGGCGGCGUGAUGGGCGGGGCCGCGGGCGCUGUGCAACCAGCUAGUGAGGGCCACCUGGGUGCCGCGGGUCGGGUCAUGUACGCCCCACGGGCCAUGAGCGCGGGUGCAGUGCAGACGAGCCUGAGCGGAGGCGUUUCUCCGGCGCGUUUGAACAGCGAUUCAGCCACCGCCGCACCGGCUGCCGCCGCCGCUGCAACCACCGUCGGCUCCGCUGCCGCCGCCGUAGCAUCUGCGGCAGUGGCAACAACCGCGAUGGCCACAACACCCGCGCUGUCUGUUGACGCCUCGCCAGGUGUCUCCCACCCGCAGCUGCCAACCCCCACCUCGCGGCUGCUGCUUCGAGAGGACUCUCCGGACUGGAGAUCCGACAACAGCGGCCAUGGAAUGAGCCGACGAGACAACGGCUCCAUUGACGGCAGCCGAGUCCUCAACACCGUUUUGCAAACGGGCGGCAGCUUCAACGAAGCCAUGGCAGCGCCCCCACUUGUGACGGGAUCUGGAGGCAGUGCCACCCGCGCCGCCGCCCAUUCACCCGCCCAAGCAACAUCCCAGACCCAGCACCCACAGCAGCAGCAGCAGCACCCGCUGCAGCAGCAGCAGUUGCCGUUGCCGCUGGCCGUUAAGUUUGCGCGCGCCUCGCAUGGACCGCCAGUCCGCAACAGCACACGCAGCAAUCUGUCCGGCCGGCAGCAGCAGCAGAUGCUGGAGGCUCUGACGACGAGCGCCUGGGGGACCCUGAUCGGCCCUCGCGGCCGCCGUGCGCCUCUGAGACGCCCCUCCACAUGUGGACCCAUGGGUCCCAGCGUAGCCAGCGAGGAUUUGCCAUCUGGGUCGGGAGCUUCCGGCUCAGGCGGCAUUCCCGCUUGGCCGGUGGACGACAGCCCUGGCGAUGAAGUGGGCAGCCCCAGUCACCCCAGACCUGCCGAGGUUGCAGGGGGAGCCGCCAUGCAAGACAUCUCGGGCGCCGCGCUGCUGCGUCCCGUGCCUGAAACGUCCCCCUGGGGUACUCUGGAGACUGCCAAACAGUACGGCACGCAGCAAGGAGAAGGCACAGGCGGGGCUUAUGGCAGCGGCGGCGGUGAAGGUGGCGGUGGCGCACCCCUGGGACGUUCGCCUGUGGCGGACUCUGCUUUGCAGUUGGCAGCGGGCGGCUUGGGUAGCGGCGGCGGUGCUGCUGCUGGUGGCAGUGGGCUGAGACUGAGGCACCUGCAUGGCGUGGCGGCGGCCUGUGCAGCUACGCCCUUCAAGCGGCAAUCGGCACAGGAGCUGGAAACCGUGAACCGCAGCGCGAAGAGCGAGGGCAUGGGCAUGGGUGGGGUCCCCGCGGCCGCUGGCAGCGGCGGCGGCAGCGGCGGCGGCAGUGGAAGCCGAGGCAGGAACGCUCGCCGGGGUUCCGUAGCCUACCAGGAGCCUCCGCCGCCGUACAUGGUAGGCUACGGGUACGGGGCAGCGGUCGACGGCGGCACAGCUACUUGCGGAGGCGGCGGCGGCGGUGUCCCGACGGCACUCCUGGUGACGCAUCGGGCUCGCUCCAUGACCAUGGCCGUGAGCCGCGACAUGGACCCGGACGGCAGUGCCCCUUUCGCCAUGCCGUACUCCAAUAAUUCAAGCAGUACGGCAAUCGGCAGUACGGCAGCUAUGCCGCCGGGACCGCAAGGCGUGUUACCGCGCAUCCUCAGCCUUGCAAGCAAGGUGUCGUACGCGCAGUACCCUCGUCGCCUGACCGCCUGUAGCAGUCUGGGAAGCAGCAUUGCGACACCUCAAGCCGUUAGUGGGGAUUUACCGUACGUAACGGAAAACAACAACCACCAACAACAACAGCAGCAGCAGCAACAGACGUCUGUUGUAGUGAGUGGUAACAGUGCGAAUUGUACGGCAGUAACAACGGUGCAGCAGCAACAGAAAGUGUCGCGCCAGAGCACCAGGACGUCCAGGAGCCGUAGAAGCUUCCGGCGUGCGCAAAGUGUGGAGCGGUUGGAAGUUGACUUGACGUAUCGACGCGACAGCAGUACGGCAACCAGCGGGCGCUAUGCGGCGGAUUUGGGAAGCGGGCCCGGGCUCUUCGUACCUGAAAUGGAUGACCCUUCUUCCGGCCACCGCCAAGAUUCCAUCAGCGCCGUCGUAUCCUCCCUGCAUGUACACGCCACCAACAGCGGCAGCAGCAGCCAUGCAACAAAUCUGGGCAAGGCAGUUGCGAAAGCACUCGCCAUCCCCCACCCAACCACCAUCACCACCACCAACAACAACAACAACAACGCCGCAGUACCUCCAGCGUUGUCUCACAACUUUGACGCCGCUGCUGGCGGUGCGCUGGUUACGUCCACGAGCCAUGUUGUCGGACCCAUGGGUCACCCGCAUGAUGAUGAGGAAGUUCAGGUUGGGCCAUCCUCCGUGCACUUGCACGUGAACGGCACUGGCAUGACCUCCAACAGCCAUGCCCAUGUCACGGGCAACGUGUAUGACACGUCAGGAUCUGUGUUAUCCGGUUGGGGCACACCGGGGAUGUCGCUAGGGCAGCAACCCAACUACUACGCACGAAGCACGCUUGGACAGGAGUCGGUUGUUGGCGGUGGCAGCAUCGCCGCCGCAGCAGGUGCGGGAGCAGAUGCAGCGAGCAGCGGCGGAGGGGCGGCGACAGUGCUUUCCAAUGCAUCAGUCGGCGUGCCCCAGCAGCAUUACCUCCAGCAAACCAGCUCCCGCCCACCGAUGCAGCCACAACGGCAACUCCAGCAGUCAGAGCACCCGCACCAGCAACAACGGCAACAGCAACAGCCACGCGCCCUGAAGACACCGGCUUCCCAGCUGGGGGGAGCGCCUCCUUCUCCUCCGCAGCAGCAGCGGCCAUUGCAACAGCCGCAGCAGCAGCGGCCUCAGGAGGAGGAGGAGUUGGAGGAGGAGGAAGAGGAGGAGUCGGGGAGCCGCAGCGAGUCGGCAUCAGGUCACCUGUCGGCGGCUGCGGCACCUGUCAUGGAGCGAUGGCACGAAGUGGUUGUCAGCGGUCUGAGCCACCCGGAGACGGCUGAGCGGCUCAUCGUGGUGUCUCAGAACGAUGUGUCCGCUCGCGUGUGGGCGGAGCGGCAACUGGCGAUGGUGGUGGAGGCUGAGCACUCGCUGCUGGAGAACAUCUUUCCCAUGCAUGUCAUCGAGCACAUAGCGCUCAUGGCUGCGAACGCCGCUGCUACCACCAACAACGAUACUGCGGGGGAUGGCACGGGAGACGGCACCAACGCGCCUGAGGGCGGCCCAGCCGCUGACGCCGAUGCGGCCGCAGCAGCAGCAGCCGCUGCUGCUGCGGCUGCUGCUGCAACGGCUGGUUUGGCGGACCCCAUGCGACUGCCCGCGCCGGACGACCACGCAGUUCACAUCACGGGCGAUACCUUCCUGCACCUCGCAACCUCCCACAGCGCGCUCACUGUGCUGUUCUGCGACAUCCAGGGCUUCACCGCCAUGUGCAACGUGGUGAAGCCCGCGACCGUGAUGGCCUUCCUCAACGACCUCUACACGCGCCUGGACGCCAUGCUGGACGCGUUCGGGGUGUACAAGGUGGAGACCAUCGGCGACUGCUACAUGGUGGCGGGCGGGCUGAUGAAGGUGGACGAGGAGACGGGCGCGGUCACGGUGCGCUCGGACGACGUGGACCCGCAGCACGCGCACCGAACGGUGCAGUUUGCCAAGGCUCUGCUCCGUUGUGCUGCCACCGUGCGACUGCCCACCACGGGUCAGCCCGUGCGGCUGCGUGUGGGCAUCCACAGCGGCCCCGCCAUGAGCGGCGUGGUGGGCACCCGCAUGCCCCGCUUCUGCCUGUUCGGCGACACCAUCAACACGGCCAGCCGCAUGGAGAGCACGGGGGUGCCGGGCGCCAUCCAUGUCAGCGCCGCCACUCGGGACCUGGUGCCUGGAGAGGACUGGCAGCCCACAGGGGGCGUGGAGGCAAAGGGCAAGGGCACGCUCAAGACCUACCUCCUCACGCCACCCGCUGAGCAGUAGCGGCUUGCGCAGCACGCAUGUUGCAUGGGUUUGGGUAACCGGGCAAAUGCACGUAGGCCCCGCUGGUGUCACUGGGGUACUGUACAUGGGUUGGGAGCCGUGAUGGGGCAGCGACUCCAUGUGAAUUACAAGACCUAACAGCCCCCCGGAAAGCUCGGAAGUGCUGUUGGGGCGCUGUUAGGGCAUCCGCUCGAUAAGCUUCUUGAACUGCCUUUUGUGAGCGAUAUAGCAUGUAUGGCCAGUGUAGCGGAUGAGAAAUGAUUGAAAGUCUUUUAAGCGACAUGAAGAAGAGGUUGCGUGUACCCUUGUGCGGAGAGCCAAAGACGAGAUGAGGGACGUGCAGGUCGGUGUGAGCUGCAUGCACGUGUUUUGCGGAUUGCGUUGGUCGGGUGUGUAUUGGAGGGGCGGCGGUGCUGAUGUGUGAAGCGCCGCGUCCCGUCGGCAUGUUAAGAGUGGAGGUGAGAGAGGUGAGAGUAUGGGUGCGUAGCUCUGAAUUGCCAGGCUCUAAAACGCUUUCUUUGGUGCUGCUGGGUGCUGCAACAGACGGAGAGGUGUGUGUUGCAAUUGAUGAGCCGCGAUAAGCCACUGGCCGUAACCAUUGUAGAAGACCGGUAACACCGGAGAACUCGUCACGCUGCUGCGACAGGGGAUGUCAGGCUCUGUCGAGCGCUUUGCGCAUGUGUCAUGCUAUUAUUUAUAGUUCUUUCACCGGGGGCAACGUUUGGUUUGGGGGCUUUUGCGAUUGGCUGUUAUGUGCCUCAAUUCUCGGGCGACCAUGUCUGAUUCCUCGCUCUCUGUUGCGUACGUGUUAGGCACGUUGUGUUGCGUAGCGUUUCGGCCGCCGGUGACGGUGGUGUGUCCCAUGCGUUUAUAGUGUGUGUAUUGAUGCUACUUUGCAUUGCUGAAUCAGUUGAUCACACCAACCCGCCGCGCUACUGUCGAAACGCGGCGGUUGCUUGUGAUCUUUUUGCUGCUGGGGUUCCGGCUUGUGUGGUUGUGGAUUCAAUGGGC